AUGGACGAAUGUGAAUUGGUCUUUCGAGACAAAUGGAGGCAGAAGUCACGGGGUUGGGAUCCUGUUAAUUUGCUGGAACAGUUUCUGAAAAGAGUCGCCGAAAAAAGACGUCCGUGUGUUGACAGCGAGGCACAACAAUACCUGUACAGCAGAAGGAGGACUCCUCGUAGUUGUGGUAUGUGGUGGUUACCAAGUUUAGCUAAUGGGGAGAUAAGGCACUUGAGAGAACAAAUCACCAAUGGCUUUGAUUCUUCUGACGGCUCUGACGAAGGCGAGAACGCCGAAACGGCAGUCGGACACGGGCAAUUCCAAGAAGGCUAUCUACUAUCCAGGCGAGUACUCGAAUUACAGGCUGAUUCCACUGCUCAUAGUGGAAAGAUCCCUGAACGCAUCAUCGAACGAGGAAUUCGGGUCACUGUUCAACUGCCAUUAACCACUGCGGUUUGGUCACCAAUCAAGGCGGCACCGAUUCCCUCCACAGGCUCAUGCUACGAGGCUUCUGAAAAGCACCCUGAGAAGCAAAAACAGUUGCAUCUCGCAUUUUUCGGCUUGAAGAAAGGUUUCGGCGCGUUUCGCAUGAAGUCAUCUGGAGGCCUACUGGUGGAUGUACCACUGAUCCUGCUGUACGCUGAUGACGUCAUGCUGGCGUCUAAAGACAGAGAAGAACUGGAGCAGCAAACGCAAGUGCAGCAGGGAUAG